GGGCGGCGCCGGCAGGUGGAGCGGCUCGGGCUCCAUGUGCUCGGCGCUGUCCGCGCGCUGGUCCCGCGGGACGCUCGCCGCCGCCGCCCAUGCCCAUGCCCAUGGCGUUCGCCAAUUUCCGCCGCAUGCUGCGGCUCUCCACCUUCGAGAAGCGGCGCUCCAAGGAGUACGAGCACGUCCGCCGCGACCUGGACCCCAGCGACGUGUGGGAGAUCCUGGGCGAGCUGGGCGACGGCGCCUUCGGCAAGGUCUACAAGGCCAAGAAUAAGGAGACGGGUGCAUUAGCUGCUGCAAAAGUAAUUGAGACCAAGAGUGAAGAUGAACUGGAGGAUUAUAUGGUGGAGAUUGAAAUCCUGGGGACUUGUGAUCACCCAUACAUUGUCAAGCUACUGGGAGCAUUUUACUAUGACAGCAAGCUCUGGAUCAUGAUUGAGUUUUGUCCUGGUGGAGCAGUGGAUGCCAUCAUGCUAGAGUUGGAUCGAGGCCUGACGGAACCCCAGAUUCAAGUGAUUUGCCGCCAGAUGUUGGAGGCCCUAAUCUACCUCCAUGGUAAAAGGAUCAUCCACCGUGACUUGAAGGCAGGCAACGUGCUCCUGACCCAGGAUGGCGACAUCAAACUUGCUGACUUUGGCGUUUCUGCCAGAAACAUGAAGACUUUGCAGAAACGAGAUUCCUUCAUCGGGACCCCUUACUGGAUGGCUCCCGAAGUGGUAAUGUGUGAGACCAUGAAAGACACUCCCUACGAUUAUAAAGCUGAUAUCUGGUCCCUGGGUAUAACGCUGAUAGAAAUGGCUCAGAUAGAGCCUCCUCACCAUGAGCUCAACCCCAUGAGAGUCCUACUGAAGAUUGCCAAGUCUGACCCUCCCACACUCAACUGCCCUUCUAAGUGGUCCCUCGAGUUCAGAGACUUCCUGAAGACUGCCCUGGAUAAGAACCCUGAGACUCGGCCAAGUGCAGCACAGCUACUGGAGCAUCCCUUUGUGAAAAAGGUUACUAGCAACCGAGAUCUGCGUGAGCUGGUGGCAGAGGCAAAGGCUGAAGUGAUGGAGGAAAUUGAAGACAAUCGGGAGGAAGGAGACGAGGAUGACUCAUCAGAACCUGCAUCUCCCCAUGGUACUCACAAACGAGACCCCUCUGAGGUGAGCCAGCUGAGUUUUGAGGGAGAGAAACGCCCAGAAUCGCUAGUGAUGAAUGGACCCAACUUACCUGUGGAGCCAACCCAGGAUGCUGUUGAUGGACAGAGUGACAAGAUCUCUGACGAAGGGAUUAGCAGUGACAAUGACAAGCCAGAGAGUGAGAACUCUGUGAAAACCAUCAAUAGCUCUGACUCUUCUGAGAUGGAGGAUGGGAAAACUGUUCCCAGCCCACAGGGAAAACCAGGCGCUUCUCCCCAGUCAGGACUGUUAGACACUGAGGUUAGUUCAGUGGCAGAGAGAAACCAAAGCAACCAGCUGGAACCAGCAAAGCAAGAGUGCAAGAGUGCCGGGAACCAUCCAGAAAGCAGCCACCUGGAAAACCUUGCUGAGGAAAGAUUUGCUAAUGGGAGUCUGGAUUCUCCUACUCAGUUUGCUGGCAACCAAUCCAAGAGGGACUCCGAUUCUGGCAGCACUUCUGCUUCAGAAAGCAUGGACCUCACCAUCUCUCUGUCUGGUGACCUGUCCCUCAAUAGGGAGAGUGGAUCUGGAUCCAUGUCGCUGAAGGACGCGAGGAUGCACAACAAGACGCUGAAGCGGACCCGGAAAUUUGUGGUGGAUGGAGUGGAAGUGAGUGUCACCACCUCAAAGAUCAUCAGUGAGGAUGAGAAGAAAGAUGAAGAAAUGCGAUUCCUCAGGCGCCAGGAAUUGCGAGAGCUGCGUCUCCUUCAGAAAGAAGAGCACAGGAGCCAGGCCCAGAUAAACAGCAAACACCAACUGCAAAUGGAGCAAAUGCUGAGGCGCUUUGAGCAAGAAACAACGGGAAAGAAGAAAUUCUUUGAUACUGAGUUGGAGAACCUGGAACGUCAGCAGAAGCUACAGAUUGAGAAGAUGGAGCAAGAUCACACCUUACACCGGAGAGAGGAAGCAAAGUGCAUCCGCACUGAGCAGGAGCGAGAUUAUGUCCGAUUCCAGGAGCAGCUUAAACAGAAAAAGAAGGAGGUCAAGAGUGAGGUUGAGAAGCUUCCCCGGCAGCAGCGCAAGGACAGCAUGAAGGUGAAGAUGGAUGAAUUUGCUCAAAGCAAGCAAGUCAUGGAACAGGAAUUCUUAGCCAAACAGAAGGUGGACCUGGAUACAAUCAUGAAGACUAUCACAAUGCAGAACCGGAAGGAAAUUUCUGACAAGGAGCGCGAGUGCCUGAACAGAAAGCAGCAGCUCAUGAGAGACCGAGAAGCUUCUCUGUGGGAGCUAGAGGAGCAUCACCUGCAGGAGAAACACCAGCUUAUCAAGCAGCAGCUAAAAGACCAAUACUUCCUCCAAAGGCACGAGCUAGUCCGAAAGCAUGAGAAGGAGCAAGAACAAAUGCAGCGGUACAACCAGCGAAUGAUUGAGCAGCUGAAGAUUCGGCAGCAGCAGGAGAAAACCCGUCUCCCCAAAAUCCAGAGGAGUGAAGGGAAGACCCGUAUGGCCAUGUUCAAGAAGAGCCUCCACAUAAAUUCCAGUGGGAGUGCAUCAGAACAAAGGGAAAAGAUAAAGCAGUUUGCUCAGCAAGAAGAAAAGAGGCAAAAGGCUGAGCGGCAGCAGCAGCAACAGAAACAUGAGAUGCAAAUGAAGGACAUGCAGGCCCAGUGUGAGAGCAAUGUACAGGAGCUCCAGCAACUGCAGAAUGAGAAAUGUCAUCUCUUGAUGGAACAUGAGACCCAGAAGCUGAAGUCCCUGGAUGAAAACCACAACCAGCACAUGAAGGAAUGGCGUGAUAGGCUGAGGCCGCGAAAGAAGGCUCUGGAGGAUGAGCUGAACCUGAAGAAGCAUGAGCAGGAGAUGUUCUUCAAAAUGAGUGAGGAAGCAGAUGGUCAAACCCCUGGAUCCCCCAACAAACCUGCCAAAUUUGUCCCAUUCAGCUCCACUGGGUGCUCAUAACAUCUGGAUCUGGCCAGACAAGCUAGCCGGCAGUCGAUGUAACCUCGUUGGCUAUAGACAAGCAACCUGAAACUUUUGGGACCUUCUUGCCCACGCUGCAGUGUCUUCUCAGAACAAAGUCCUCCUGUCCUGCUUGUUCUCUCUGAGAUCAAUAUGUCCUCCUGCCACUUGUCUUUCUGUGGGAAAGGCUGGAUGGAUUCAGAGCAUCAGUAGUUUUCCCUGGUGCCAAGCUGGUCCACCUAAAGCUGUAUGCCAGGAGACUGUGCCUACCAAAUGAGUAAAGGCUGUAGACCAGAGAAGCAUUUGGUUAUUGAGCACUAUUCAAGAUGAUUAAUAUUCCUGUUCUUCAUGGCUAGCCCUCCUUCCACUCUGUCAGACUAGUGACUGAUCCAGUCUUUAUCAGCAUAUAAUAUUGUCUCAUACUGUCCGGGUCUCCUGGAUCUGUGAGGCCUGAAAGGGUUCAAAAGCUAACCUACCAAAAAAAAAAAUUAAUAAAAAUAUGGGGGGCAAAAGCAAGUCAUCUCUGUUUACUGUGGUCUCCAUCUUCCUAGGCUGUUAAAACAAGAUUCAGCAUUUCUUUUUCUCCAGGUUUAAAAUGUGAGGGGACUUGGCUAGGCAUUUCCUUUAUUUGUCUGGUUAUUGAUGUUAAAUGGCACAGCCCUCUCUCUGGGUCCUAGUGACUCUGGCACUCAGCACCCCUCCAGGAGCUUGAAGAACAUGUUGAUGAGGAUUCAAAUCCAGGUCUCCCAAAAAGUAGUGUGUGGAGUAUCACUGCUAAGUUGCCAAGCCAGCCCAGGCUUUUGUCUGCUAAGAAAGGAUGGGGCUGUGCAUUGAGAGAAUCUGUGGUUUUAUUCAGUUCUGCAUAUUGACACGGUGAAAUAUUAUUGGUGGUAAUCAUAUUCUUUCUGUCUGGUGGUGAUUGCUGAUAUGGCUCUUGGAGGUACAUGUAUGAUGGAGCUUUGGAAAGUGCUGUGCAUGUGUGGGACAGGGAGAUUACUCAGACUUCUGCAGUGCAAAUUGCCUAAUAUGAAGCUUGGUUUGUAAAGAGUAAUACAUCUGGCAAAGACCCAUGCAGUUUAGCUCCUGAAACUAGUGCUCUGGGAAAGGAAUAUGCAAGUGACGGUUCCUACUGGCUUGUUGCAAAAGUAAUGCCUAAGCUCCUUAAAAUUGUUCACAAUUUAGCUCAAAUUCUUCUCCUGGCUUUGUGCCUCGAGUCCUACAAAACUAGGUUGGCGGUUGUACUUCAGGUUCUGCCUACCUUCUCCCUCCACAUGAUGCUGUGAUGUAGUCAGUCUUUGGUCUGUCCUCACAAUAUGCAUUUUGGCCCCAGUAGGGUCUCUGGUUGUAUUCAAUUGUAAACAUGCUUUGCAGUAAUGUAUGGCUGGAAGUUAAAAUUCCCUAGCUUCUUUAUCCUAGCCUAGACACUGUCAAUCCACAUAAAUCACCUGUGUAUAUGCAGACCGUGGUCAGUCUCGUAUUACUGUUCCAAUUAGCAGAAUAGCACAUGAAUCCGAUGUGUGUGAUGCAGCCACCUUUCAGCUUGGAGCUGCUUUGACCUGGCAUAGAGAACAGGGAACUUGCUAUGUAGCCUCCUUUUCCUUAUGUGACUGCCUGGUCACAGAACAGCA